AUGAAUAAUACAUCAUCGAAAAGAACGACGAUGAGAACGUUUGUCUUCUUGAUGAUGAUGUUGGCGGCUUCAACGCUUUCAAUGAUAACACCAACGAGCGCACAACAGAACGACGACGAAAAACAAACGAUGAUUGAUCAUGAUGGCACGGACCAUUACUCGUCCCGCUCGGUUCGCUUAUCCUCCGAUACCACCAAUAUCGGCUCGAACGAACGCAAAAUCUUAAUCGAGAACGAUUACGAAGUCACGUACGGCACGUAUUUUAAAAUCGUACGCAUGAAGUGCGGGUUUGACCACGCGGUGAAAAAUCCAGGCAAAUGCACGAAAAACACGUACGUGUUGAGGAAACGAGGGACGGACGUACCGACGAUCGAUCCGAACACGAACGAAAUGAUUGAACUCGUGAGCGAAGAUGGCACAGAAACGAGACAUUUUGAAAUUCCAGCGACGUCGAUUGCAGUCGGCGGGACGUUCGCGUUGGCGUAUUUGGAAGCGUUGGAUGUGGACGCGGAGACUUUGAAGUUGAUCGACUCGCAGUACAUGCACUCGCCGUGCAUGCAGUUGGCGGUGCAAAAUGGAGAGAUUAUCGAUCAAGCAAGUGCGGUGUACGACCCAGUGGAUUGGAGUGUGGAUACGACGGCGUGGUCGGCGAAGUGCGACGAGUUGAACGUCGAUUUGACGUUCACGGAUGAGUACGGCACCGGUAAGUGCGGGAACCGAGAAGAAGUGAACGUCUUGUUUCACGGGAACGCGGACGACACCGCGAUUUUACGCGCCGAAUGGGUGAAGUUUGUGAGCUUGUUCUUCGAUAAGGAACAGUUUGCGAACGAGUAUUUCGCCUUGGAAAGCGACGCCGUGGAGGCUAUUAAGACGUACGUGGAGAAGGGCAUCGUGGCGAGUUUGUCCGAGAAAAAGACAUGCGUUUGGGUGCAAAAGAUGGGCUCGUAUUACGAAAUCUUACACGACACGUUUCGCACUUCGUUGUGUGUGGAUGCAGGGAUGCUUGCGUACCAAGGCGAAGCGGGUUUUUUGAAAAAGGCGUUUGCCAUCGACACGCAACAGGAAGCGUUUCAUUCAGCCAUUCGCGAUUACGACGUGGUCGUGGACGAGAGCUACUUUUACGACGUUUCCUCGUUAAAUCGCUCUGCUUACGAAAGCAACUUGGCGUUCGACCAACUCUCUGGCCAAACGGUCAAAGCGAAAGAUGGCAACGGCGGUUUGCUCUUACGGGUGGACGCUUCGCGAGGCAACGGCAUGACGGACGAUCUCAAAGAAUCCGGCGAAGUUCGACCGGCGCUGUUGUUGAACGAUCUCGUGACCAACGUGUACGGUGGAACGUUGUCCAACGACGACGCGUGUCCGAAAUACUUUCGAAAUGCGGACGAGAGUGCGAUUUACGUGACGCACGAAAACUGCGCGGCGUUGGAGAAUGCCGAUAACGAGAAGAAGUGCGUGACCGAUUUGAAAGAAGAGGCGGAGAGAAAGACGCCUUCUGCUUUAUUCGCGGAUUCCAGCGCAAUCACGACGAGAGACGCGAUCGUUGCGACGUUCGGCGUAUCUAUCGCGACCGCACUUAGUGUGUUAUUCGCCAUUGCGUGA